AUGCAAGAUAGUUGAAAACGUUUAUUUCACCUCUGUUAGGAAAACACGUAGACAGGAGGAAGUUGGCAAACUUCCAGAAAGGCCGCUCAAUCAAAAUGGACUUUAAAAUUAUAGUUUUGGUGGUGCUGAUAUCUGUGGUUUAUGUCUCCGAAGCGAAACCAUAUGAAGAAUUCCUCAACAAGGUCUUAAGAAGUAAUCCACUGCCUUGUUCUCGGUCCUGUUGUGAAAAGUGUUGCACAAACGUUUGCAGAAGAGACUGUAUAUUUUCGUGUUGUGCAGCCCGUCCACUCGGCCCAUACCCACCUCCCCCUGCACCGCCUCCCCCAUACCCAGCCCCAACACCACAGCUCAUCCCCGGACCGCCAGGAUUCGCAGGAAUUUGUGGAUUGCCAGGACCUCAUGGACCUAGAGGAUGCCCCGGCUGCGUUGGACCACCAGGACCACCCGGACCUCCGGGACCCCCGGGACGCUAAGUACCUGAUAGAGAAGUUGUAAACUCUACCAAGAACAACUGAAGUGAUUGAAUAGCGUUGGGAAUCACAGUCUCGAUCUUUUCGAGAAAACAAACUCGUUUCGUCGUUCCUUUCUGGGUUAUAACGCUACUUCAUUUCCACAAUUUAAAUUAACAUCACGCCGCAUCAGUUUUUUGCAUUCUAUUAGUUCCUUCUGGUGUUGUGGCGAACACCUGGUUGUCUGCUUUAGAGAAGGCGCUCCUUGUCAAGAAUCACUUUUUAUUAAUCUUUUUCCUGAUUUUUUGAAGCAAUAUCGCUGACAUCGUUCUUAUAUA